UUCACACUUUUCCCCAUUUGUUUUUGUGGGAUUUUUCUUUCUUCUUCCUCCCGUCCUUCCCUUUUCUUUGAACAUCCGAGCGCCGUACCGGAGAUUCUCCCUCGAAUCCGAUCUCAAGGAGCUUCCUUUUGAACGAUUACCAGGGCUAGGGUUUAUAUUCAGGAAAGCUAAAGAUGCAGCAACCACCGCAAAUGAUGCCGAUGAUGCCUUCAUUUCCCCCCACCAAUAUCACUUCCGAGCAGAUUCAAAAGUAUCUGGAUGAGAACAAAAAGUUGAUAUUGGCCAUACUUGACAACCAAAAUCUGGGGAAACUUAACGAAUGUGCUCAGUACCAAGCCCAACUUCAGAAGAAUUUGAUGUAUUUAGCUGCAAUUGCUGAUGCCCAGCCACAGGCACCAGCUAUGCCUCCACAGAUGGCUCCACAUCCUGCAAUGCAGCAAGGGGGUUAUUAUAUGCAGCACCCUCAGGCAGCUAUAAUGGCACAGCAAUCAGGACUUUUCCCUCCAAAAGUUCCAUUGCAGUUCGGAAACCCUCAUCAAUUACAGGAUCCACAACAGCAGAUACACCAGCAACACCAGCAAGCAAUGCAAGGGCAAAUGGGACUAAGACCUAUGGGAGGGGCCAACAAUGGCAUGCAUCACCCACACCAUCCCGAGGGGACCCUUGGGGGUGCUGGUGCUGGAGGGCCUGCUCGAAGUUCCGGGCAAACCGAUGCCCGUGGAGGUGGCAAGCAGGACUCUGGUGAUGUGGGAGGUGCUGAUGGUCAGGGGAGCUCAGCUGCUGGUCGGGGUGGCGAUGGAGAGGAAACUAAGUAAUGUAGCCUGACGACUGUUUCCACAUUCACAUGUGGCUGUUAAUAGUAGGUGCUUCGUACGGUAGAACUUCCAUGCUCUGGUGAUAUUAGUAGAUUGAGCGAAGAACCCAAAGUUCUCAGUUUUAGUUUAAGCAAAAUGUCUAGGUAAUUCGCGUUAUUAGAGUCUUGGCAUGCAGUUGAAUUCCAUACUUGGUAAUAGAAGGCAGACGUAGUUUGAAGAGGCAGUGGUGGACUGGUAGAGAUCAGUUCCACUUUUAUCCCAUUUUGUAAACAACUUUCUAAGGAUCGGUAGGAUUUUAGAAUAUACUUCUACCGAAGGUUUUCUAGCAAUCUGUUCUUCAACUGACUUCAAACUUUUGAAUGCAAUGGAAAGUUGUUCAA